UGGCAGGAUGGAGGGCCUCUCCAACAUGUGCGUUCUGCCCAGCUUCCUGUGUCCCUGGCUCGUGGCUGUCGGCUGUCAGCCGUUCCUCGUUGGGGUCAAGGUCUGGUCCCUGGGCUGUCUACAGACCCAUGCUGUCCGAGGCAUCCAUAGCAUAAUACUGAUCGCCUCCCCAGAGCACCACCGUGUGCAAGACCUGGUCCCAGAGCAUGAAUGUGACCACCACCCAGAGCGCCCACUGGGUGUGAGACCCGGCCCAGGGCUUUAGAGAUGCGGCGGCUGUCCGCCCCAGCCUCACCCUGGAGGAAUCAUCAUCGCCCCGUUCCAGAGGACAUGGGGGCAGGAGCCUUGCUCAAGCCACACAGCUGGUAGGCUGGAGCUUAGUUUGCACCCCUGGCCUGCGGUAGUGCGGGGGGCUGACCCAGGCAAAGCAGGCUGCCCGUUCCCAAGCUGGCCAUGGAAGUGGUCGCCAGAUCACCCCUGCUGCGCAGGGAGCUUCAGGGGGCUCACCCUCUAAGGCAUGCCCUCAUUUGGCCAAACGAAGCGGGACUGAUUAAGAUAAGGGCCCCUGAUGUGCGCCCUUAUGGGCCCUUGUGAUGUGUGUGGGACGCAUCGUGUGGGCUGUGUGAGGGUUGGGGACAUUUAUGGUGAGUGCUGGUUCCUGGGCAGGGCCAGGGCACCAGGGGACAAGAGCGCCCAGCCGGGAUGAACGCAGCUGUCCUGGAAGCAAACCCAGACCCAGACCUUGGCCAGGAGCAGGUGGAAGGGAGGGUGUUUGCACUUUAUUGGGCACCCCUGGCCGUGUCCCCUGGGUGCCAGGGACAUGGGCUGGAGGCCUCGGAGUAGAGAAGAGGCAAAGCAGCCCAGCUCAAGCCAGGACCGUACAGAUGCUCGCGGUCCCUGGUGUCUCCGAGCCACCACGUGUGAGGGCCGCUGCUCCCAGCUGAGGCCUGGACCCGAGGAGGAUGUCUCAGCUGCCGGCCGGCGCCCGUCUGCACCAUGAGUGAUGAGCGGCGGCUGCCUGGCAGUGCGGUGGGCUGGCUGGCAUGCGGAGGCCUCUCCCUGCUGGCCAAUGCCUGGGGCAUCCUGAGUGUGGGUGCCAAGCAGAAGAAGUGGAAGCCGCUGGAGUUUCUGCUGUGCACGCUCGCGGCCACCCACAUGCUCAACGUCGCGGUGCCCAUCACCACGUACGCCGUGGUGCAGCUGCGGCGGCAGCGCCCCGACUACGAGUGGAACGAGGGCCUCUGCAAGGUCUUUGUCUCCACCUUCUACACCCUCACCCUGGCCACCUGCUUCUCCGUCACCUCCCUCUCCUACCACCGCAUGUGGAUGGUCCGCUGGCCGGUCAACUACCGGCUGAGCAACGCCAAGAAACAGGCAGUGCAUACGGUCAUGGGCAUCUGGAUGGUGUCCUUCAUCCUGUCAGCCCUGCCUGCCGUCGGCUGGCACGACACGACUGAGCGCUUCUACACCCACGGCUGCCGCUUCAUCGUGGCAGAGAUCGGCCUGGGCUUCGGCGUCUGUUUCCUGCUGUUGGUGGGCGGCAGUGUGGCCAUGGGUGUGGUCUGCACAGCCAUCGCCCUCUUCCAGACACUGGCUGUGCAGGUGGGGCCGCGGGCCGGCCGCCGCGCCUUCACCGUGCCCACCAUCGUGGUGGAGGACGCCCAGGGCAAGCGCCGCUCCUCCAUCGACGGCUCUGAGCCCGCCAAAACCUCGCUGCAGAUCACGGGCCUGGUGGCCACCAUCGUCAUCAUCUACGACUGCCUCAUGGGCUUCCCCGUGCUGGUGGUGAGCUUCAGCAGCCUUCGGGCGGACGCCUCGGCGCCCUGGAUGGCGCUGUGUGUGCUGUGGUGCUCCGUGGCCCAGGCGCUCCUGCUGCCCGCGUUCCUCUGGGCCUGCGACCGUUACCGCGCCGACCUCAGGGCCGUCUGGGAGAAGUGCGUGGCCCUCAUGGCUAACGACGAGGACUCGGACAAUGAUACCAGCCUGGAGGGUGGCAUCCCCCCGGACCUGGUGCUGGAGCACUCUCUCGACUACAGCUAUCGAGGUGACUUUGUGGCCCUGGACAGGAUGGCUAAGUAUGAGCUCUCUGCCCUGGAGGGGGGCCUGCCCCAGUUCUACCCGCUGCGGCCCUUGCAGGAGGGCAAGACACAGUACCUGCAGGUCCCGCCCACGCGACGCUUCUCCCACGACGACGCCGAAGUGUGGGCCGCCGUCCCGCUGCCCGCCUUCCUGCCGCGCUGGGGCUCGGGCGAGGACCUGGCCGCCCUGGUGCUGCCCUCUGGGUCUGACCGGCGCCGCGGCAGCCUGCUGGCCUUCGCGGAGGACGCGCCCCCGUUCCGCCCGCGCCGCCGCUCGGCCGAGAGCCUGCUGUCGCUGCGCCCCCCCGCCCCCGACGGCGGCCCGCGCCGCGCCCGCGACUCGCCCCCCGGCAGCCCGCGCCUCCGCCCCGGGCCCGGCGCCCGCUCCGCCUCGGCCUCGCUGCUGCCCGACGCCUUCGCGCUGACCGCCUUCGAGAGCGAGCCGCAGGCCCUGCGCCGCCCGCCCGCCCCGCAGGGGCCCCUCCUCGACGGCGCCCAGCCCGGCGAAGACGCGGCGCCCCCUGGCGGCGGCGGCGCGCAGCGGAGCCCCGGGCCGCGCCCGGCCGUGCACGCGCGCGCGGGGCCCCUGCGGACCGGCCUGAGCGCGUCGUGGGGCGAGCCCGGGGGCCUGCGCGCGGCGGGGGGCGGCGGCGGCGGCGGCGGCAGCACCAGCAGCUUCCUGAGCUCGCCCUCCGAGUCCUCGGGCUACGUCACGCUGCACUCGGACUCGCUGGGCUCCGCGUCCUAGGGUCUACCGGCGCCUCCCCACGCGCGCCCGGCGGGCCGGGCCGCCCGCAGGGACCAAAGCACCAAAGAUGCCGCGCUGACCCAGGCCGGGCUCCGGGCAGCGCCACGCGGGGCCCGCCGACGGCGCCUGGCCGUGGGCCAGCUCUCCCUGCGUGACUGAGCCGCGGGCAUUUCCUGGAGUGACGGCGGCUGCCCUGGACGACCGCCGGGCACGGACCAGCUGCUGGGUACCACAUCUCGGGGCAGAGCGAGCCUGGCUUGGGUAAAGGCCCUGAUGCACCUCGCGCAGCCCCGGGGCAGCUGGGUUGGGGGGAUGGGGGUGGCGGCCGGGAGCCCAGGGACAGGGCCACCACUAGACAGAGCAAAGCCCAGCCCUGCAGGAGCCACCGGGCUACACCCUACUUUCCACUUUGCACUGUAACUGUCUCACCCCCGUGGGGGGCAGGGUACAGAGGGUCUCUAAGCACAGGGGUCUUCAAAGCCCAAACAAGCUCUCUGAGCAGGUGUUCCUGCUGACCAGUUCUGCCUCGGGUUUCCCCAUCUGUUUUGAGCAGGUGACCAUGUUAACUCUCAGGACUGUUGGGAGAAGUCUCCUGGUCCCUGUGCACUGGCUCCUCAAUGGACAGGGUGUGAGAGCAUCUAGGGCCCUCUGGGGCCCUUUGCAGGGCGUCAGUCUCCAGUGUGUGGCCCGGUGUGGCCUCUGCACCUGAGGCCUCCCACUCUCAGUGCCCCUGGCCCCCCAGGGACACACCCCAGCUAAAGCACAGCACUUUUCCUCCACCACCCACCUUGACCACUGUUAGUGUCCCCCCACCCUCAUCACCCUGCCAUCCCUGUCUCCCCACCAAGUCAGCCUGUGACUCCCAUCAUGAAAGUCAUGGGUCCGUGAUGGGAAAGAACUGAAGAAAGGGAAAAGGGGCUUCCUUAUCCUGAUGCCCCAGGAAAGGAAUCCUGGCUUAGAGUCCUCCCAGGUUGUGGGCCUUAGGGUCCUCCCUCACCCGUGGACAGGGCUCUUGGCUUUGCCAUGGGUCUUGGGGAAGGGCCUGCUGGGUAUUCUUUGGAGAAAGACCCUAGGCUCAGGCUAAGGAGAAGCCCAGGAACAGCUGUGACCUUGAGCUGAAAGGACAAGGGCAAAUGCAGAGGCUGUGUCAUCCUGGCCCCUGCCUCCACACAAUGGCCCAUACACACAGCCCCAGCCCCAGCCCCUCCCCCAGCAGAUUCCAGGGCCAGCACAGAGCCUGUCGGCCCUGUGUUCCCUCCUGCUCUGUCACCUGGGAUUGCAACGCUGCCCCGGACCCUCUGGCGGUCAGGCCCAUUUCCUCACCCCCCUGACAAGGUCUUGGCCCCAGAGGAGGCCCUGGGAGGGGCGAGGAUAGGGGGCUACCUGGCUCCAUCUAUGCUUUGGAGGCCACUGGUCCUAGGCUGUGGGGUAACUGGGCAGGGAGGAGCCAGCCACAGGUGAGCAGGACAGAAAACCACAGUAGGGCCCCAGCCAUGGGAGGGGCCACCUCUGGCCAAUGCUGCUGUGCCUUCAAGGACCCACAUGUCCAGUGGGGGCAGAGAUCGUCAGCUAGCCACUGUGUCAUCCCCCCACCCCACCCCUUGCUCAGGCCGGCCCACUUGUCACAUUGGGUUUUUACUCUGUAUUUCAUAUCCAAUGGCAAUACUUGCAGGGAGACAUGAUACCCCCAAAUCCCUCCAGUUAUGGUUUUUACAAAAAUAAAAAGGAGGGAGGACCCCAGAUGGAGGACCCUGGGGCCUGGGUCUCCCCCUCAUACUUUGUGCAGCCGCCAGGCCUAUUUGCUGCGUUGAGAAGCAGCUUGGCCCCAGGCUCACAGGGGAGGGAGCUCUGUCCUUAUACCACCACCCACCCAGAGCCAGGAAUCUGUUUGUAGUUUUUUGACGACUGAGCAUUUCUCUUCUGUACAGAAUACAAUAAAAACUUCCUAUGAUUUGCA